ACACCGUCCGCGUGCCUUCUCCAGUGCCUCUCCCUAUGUGGGGCAUCUGUUUACUCCAAAUUGCGAGCUCCCACGAAAAUCCCGCUCCCACGCGUCUCAGCUUUUGUCUGAGCAUGAAUCCAACCGUCGCACGUGCGCCACUGCUUCUCACGUACGUAAGACCAACAAAAUGAAGUUGUACGACAUCUCUCUGUACAGAUACCUGCCAAAUGACCAUCGAUAUUUCAGCGUCUGUCUCUGCGUACUACGUACCAAUGAAUGCAGGUUCGCGUCUGAGGCUCGGCAUCCGUCCCGUCGUGCCCAGCACUUCACGGCACCCACCGGAGACGGCCGACACCCGAGUCAUUACCGACCCCAACAAGCAGCAGAGCCUGUAGAAGCAAGGGAGGCCGAUGUUGCGGUUGCCCUUGAGGACGAUGAUGACACGGGGCUGCUGCCGAAGGGGUACUACGACGAUGAGGGGGUUCAGGUACGUACGGAAUGAGUGGGAAUUCUGCGGAACUUGCGCGCACACUGUGUCUGUACACAUCCAUCUCCCGUACGCUGAGCAGGACUACUACUUCUGCCAGACAGAAAAGCGGAUAGUUGGCGAAACGCGGGUCGCGGCGGACGUGUAUGGCCUGUGCUGUGUGUCUUGCUUGGGCGGUUUUGAAGUGAGCCCCAUCGGAAAGGUGCGUGACUAAUACUCACUCAUAGCAUCAGGAAAAGCCAUGCAUUGCAUCGUUGAUGAUCGUUCUUUGUCCUGGUUCUCCUCAAGGCUAUCGGGAUGCACCCAGUCGCGUCCUUCUGCCUGGCAGCGCUUGCUGUAGCGAUCCAGUUGGCGUUCCUGACCGUCCUGGACAUCAACGUGUGGAAUGUGCUCGUCUCAACGCUGGGCGACAUGGAGAUAACGAGCGAGGACUUGCGGAGAAUACGGGAGGCGUUCGAUCAGCUGAUCGAGGCGCAGACGGUGCACCUGACAGAGCAAGACUACCCCAUUGAUGAUCUGAUAUGCAGUAUCGCUGGAGUCGUUGUCCUCAUGUUGGUGCUCGGUCCCGACAUUCGUGAGCGUGUCAAGUGUCUCGAGCUGACGGGCUGUAUGGCUUUCCCCCUGACCGAGACAAUGUGGGCCGACUAUGAACUGAGGGUACGCUGCACAAAUGCACCCACCGAUGCCUUCGACUGGCUGCUAUUUCAAGCACAUACCGAUUGUUGAUUUGUUGACCGCGCGUCUGCCAACCAACCAGAUGUCUCAUCCCACGUGGCGGCCCCUGCUGCCUCACCGGACGCGUUCGAUCAUCGAGAAAAGCGCAGGAUACUUCUACCUCUAUCUCGCGGCACUCGCCAACUUCACUGGUCAGUUCCACGAAGGGAGACACCACAGCCAGUCAGCUUCCGUCCUUUCACAUUUCCGACGGCUGGCUGUGUGUCAGGCUUCUGUAUGGACUUCUACUUGGAAGCAAUGUGAGCAACUUCCAACGUGGCAUCCUCGAGUUCAGUGCGACAAUAUCACAUAGACCAGAUGACGCACAUUAAGAUAAACAGGUCUGAGGGUGUGUGUCCGUUCAGCGCUCAUCCAGAUACAUGAAACCCAAAACAGAUGACAUCCAUACACUCCAAUCCACCGA